CGAUGGUUAUCGAUUGAAUUUUUAGGUUAUGUGGCAUUCAUUUGUUAAAAAUUAUUAAAAUUAAAAAUAAAAAUUGAUGUCGAAACGAAAUAAUUUUUCAAUCAGAAGCAUUACGGUUCGAUUUAGUAGCAAGUUAAUAUUUCAAAUUUCUCCCAUGUCACAGGUUCAAGCCAAUAUAAAAUUAUAAACAUCAGAUAACUAUUUCAAUCCGCCUAAAGAAUUGUUUGGCUACAAGGGAAGAGUGUCGCAGAAGCCCUAAAAUGAAUCAAUCUUUGAAAUCCUGUGCAGCAUCAUGGACGACUCCAGCAAAUUCCAGCAAAUGCAAGAUGAAAUGUCUAGGUUCGAGGCGGAGAUCUCAGGCUCGGAGUUGGUGACCAUACGGCCUGUGAUUGGUGCAGCUACAUUUGGAGUGGUACAACAACAACUAGAGCGUGCCUUACCUCCACCUCCACCCCCACCAGCACUGCUGCAAUCGUUUGACGUCAUGGGAGCUAGACUGAUGUACCCGACUGUACCCCCGCCACCACCACCACCUUCUAUGAACCCUAUGAUGGUGCCUGCUUCAGUGCAACGCCUCCGUCCUCCUGGAAUUCCAGAAGGGUUUCCAGGCCCCAUGCCGUACAUGCGCCCAGGGCUCCCAGGUCCGCAGCUGGCGCCGCCGCCGCCGCCCAAACCCCAGCCUAUAGUGCUGUCGGCAGCACCCAAACUGUACAAGCAGCCUAAGGAGGAUGAGACUAAGAAAGAGAAAAGUGAAAGCAAGAAAAGGAAACGUGAGCGCCCUCCGUCCCCGCCGCCCAAGGUAGAGCCGGAAGUGAUAGAGGUGCCGCCCCCCGCCCCGCCGCCGCCGCCCGUCGUCGCCGUGCCGGAGACCACCGCGCCCAAAGCCAAGAAGGAGAAGAAACAUCGGAAGGUGGUUCGUACGGCAGGCGGCCAGGUUUGGGAGGACGUCACACUGUUGGACUGGCCGGACGAUGACUUCCGAAUGUUCUGCGGGGACCUGGGCAAUGACGUCACUGAUGAACUUCUUACGCGCACUUUCGGCAAGUACACGUCGUUUCAAAGAGCUAAAGUGAUACGCGACAAGCGCACCAACAAGAGCAAAGGCUUCGGCUUCGUCAGCUUCAAGGACCCCGGCGACUUCAUCAAGGCCAUGAAAGAGAUGGACGGUCGCUAUGUGGGCAGUCGACCAAUCAAAUUGCGCAAAAGCUCGUGGAAGAACCGCUCCUUGGACAUCGUGCGCAAGAAAGAGAAGGAGAAAGCCGCCCUCCUCUCUCUUCUCAUGUCGGGAAACAAGAGCUGAUAGUACUUGUGACAUGUGAGCAUUGGUCGAGUUUCAUCGCCAGAGGUGCAAGGCACAGUGGCAGAGUGGAGCGGAAUUUUUUGAAAACUAAACUCUGUUAGUGUGUUUUGCACCUUAGUUUUAUUUUAUUUAGUUAAUUAUUAUUAUUAUAGUUGCAUAAUAAAGGAUCUAAUAAGUA